AUGCGCCAAGCUGCUUCGUGGCGCAGCGUCGUCGACGACAACCGGGCGAUGGCGGUCGAGGGUUGGCGCGCUCUGCGGGUUCUCGAUUGGAGCCGGCUUACGCGCAAAGCGUUCCGACUGCGGUACUGGUAUUGGUGGCUCCUCCUCGUCGCCUUCGUCGGCUUUGCGAUCCUCGCGGUCAUCUUCCGCCACGACAUUCUUGUCUACCUUGAGCCUCGCCGGGACGUCAUCCUGGCCACGCCGUGCUCGUGGCUCGUGCCCGUUGCCAUCCUCGUCGCCGUCGAGUUUCCGCCGCUCGCGGGCCACUCUGCGACGGCCGUCGCGACGGGCGCCAUCUGGGGCUUCAAGAUUGGCGUCCCUGUCGUCUUUGUGGGCACACUCGUCGGCGAGAUCCUGUGCUUCGGCGCUUUCAGCACGUUCUUGCGGGCCAAGGCUGAGAGUAUCGAGCAGGAGAAGCCGCUUUACUCGUAUCUCGCUCGCUCGGUGCGCAGCGCCGGCCUUCUCGACGUCAUCUCGUUGCGCCUGUCGGCGUUGCCUGGUCGGGUCACAACGGCCGUCGCGGCGACCAUCGGCAUUCCCUUUCGCCUCUACGUGGUGGCUCUAGUCGUCGCCCUUCCGAAAGAGCUCGUCUUCGUCUACGCCGGCUCGCUCUUUACGAGCACAGGAUCGCCCGAGUCGAGCGUGGCGCUUCUCGCACCAGCAGAGGGACCCAACGGCGCGGGCCAUGGAGGACUCUGCGUCCGGCAGCGAGACCGACUCGAGCGACGAGGUCAAAGCGCCAACCUGUCGUCGCGGUCGGCGGUCGAGCGGUCGAGCGCGAGAGGUUCGGCGCAGCAGUGA